CUAGUUGAGGUUAGAUGAGUAUCUCAGCCAAUUCAGGGUUUACAUUGAGCGCCGUUUCCCCGGACAAUCUUCUGUCUGCGUGGUAGAGACAGCGCUCAUGGAUGGAGAAGCGUGAGCGGCGUUACGGAGAUAACCCCUGAUGUUAUCUCCACGAUUAUCUCCGCUACCUCCUCCCCUUAGGCGUUGGCGUCGGCGCCUGACACACGGGAAACAAGCCAACUCCCUCCACACCUACUUGGAGGUUGAGAUUAAGCUUGUAAGUAAAGGGUCCUCAGCGUCGCCUGUCUUGGUUGCAGCACCAUGGUCUUUCCUAGCCGUGGCUGCAUUACCUGCAAGCAGCGACGCAUCAAGUGCGACUCGGUUCAUCCGACGUGUGGUCGAUGCCAAAAGGCCAAUCGGCCCUGCAACUGGGAUGGGGAGGAGACGGCCGGCCUGCUCUUUCGGAGCGAAAAUGCCUUCGCUCAAGGCAGGCCCAGGCGCCCUUGGAAACCCAAGGGCCGGGAGGGCGCCGAGGUUGAGAUCCAACCCGACGACGACCCCGUUGUCUCCGUGAUCUCCCCGCCAACCCUCAUGGCGUCUCCCGUGGCGGGCGAAGCUCUCCGCUUCUGGCUGAAGAACUACGUGUUCCAGCGCGACGAGAUCCCCGAACUCGCGCGCGAAUACACGUACUACCUCGAGACCUACCGAGGUAGAGACCAACCUGACUCCAGCCUGCGCCUGGCCGUGUCCGCCUUCUCCCGCGCCAUCUUCGCUCGCGCGACCCACCCCGACACGGCGACCGACGACGCCGAAGGGUUCUUCGCGCGAAGCAUUGCGAAGAUGCAGGACGAGUUCCAUGGUCUGUCACAGGAGAACAUCGACGAACUUCUCCUCACGACCAUGCUGCUAGCCCACUACGAGAACAUGAGAUACCAAAGCCAGACUCAAGAACAAGAUGAGUCCCCCUUGGCCUACGGGGUAACGGGAUUUCGGUUCUGGAAGGACGUCUGCCACCAUUGCGGUGCCGCGGGCUUGCUAAAGCUACGACGGGAACGCGGAUGGUCACCAAACCUUCCCCUCGAUAGGUCCGUCAGGCGACAGCUAAUCCGAACUUACAUACUUAGAGGUGAACCUGUGGACGAGUGGCUCGAGGACGGCGCACAGUAUGGCGAAGAAGGCCCCGUACUAGGUCUGGACUCAGUCAUGGUCCGCCUAGCUCACCUUCGCUCGAAUUCGUUGUGCCUCUUCCUCCCGAAAAGCGGGAUGUUCUCGUCGCAGCUACAUCCACCUGAUGUAGUAGCCCAGGCUCUAGAAUUGGACGUUGCCCUGGAAACGUGGUCUCGCGAUAUUCCCGAAGGCUGGGAAUUCUCCACGAAAUCAGCCACCACGCCCAGUGCCACAUUCGACGGAUUUACACAUGUCUAUGCGACUCACGGUCACGCAGCGAUUUGGAAUAGAUAUCGCGCAGUUCAUGUAAUCGUCAAUAGCAUGCGAAAGCGGGCACUCAUCAUCAUGUCGAGAUGUUCGACCCAGAUGAUCUCGACGGUCGCGGAGCAGGAAGUAUGUCAGGAGAAGAUCACUUCGCUUGCAACUGACAUAUGCCGUAGUAUCCCAGUUUUUGCUUCGCAGGAUCCGAAUUCUUCGGCUGCCGGAACAAUGAGCAUUAGCAACAGCAUCUCACCCAAAAUGGCGACACUUCUAGCGUGGCCUUUGACACUGGUUAUCAGCACGGAAUAUGUACCGGAGCCUCAAAAACAGUGGCUAAGAAAUAUACUGAAAUCAAUUGCAAACUCCUUAGGGGAUGCUGUGCUUGAGGCCGUUACCGAGAAGAGCGAAUUCAAAUUCUAACUAGACACUUGAGCCAAGUAUAAUAUACAUAU